GGAAAAUAUGUUAAUUUGUUGCCAUUACAUCACUGAUGUAGAUUGUGAUGUUCAAGAGCUUGACGAUGAACAAACAAUGGACGAUGAAGAAAUCAUGGAUGUUAGCAAGGAGGAGGUGAAAGAGAAGGAUCAUCACUUAGAGUUAGAUGAGGAGGAGGAGGGUGAUACCCAUGAGGUUGACGUCAAAGAUCAUGGUGUUGAAGAUGAAGGCAUUUACAAUGAAAACAGUUCAAAGGGGACCAAGACAUACGCCUCCAAAAUAAAUGUGCGGAUCCAAAAAACGAUGCUUAGAAAAGUGGGAUCUAGGGCCAAUAUUGAAGUUGGAGAUGAACAUUAUGAAGACAAUGGAGAGGAGGAAGAGGGGGAGGCAGAGGAAGACAUUGAUGAUGAGAAUAAACAUGAUCAUCACAGCGACCUUGACACUAAAGAUCAAGUUGUUGUUGAUGAUAAUCAUGAAGAAGCUGAAGCUGAUGAGGACAAUCAUGACACAGAUUACCUUGAUGUCAAAGAUCAAGAGGUUGAACAUGGAGAAGACAUUGACGAUGAGGGCAGAUCAGAGGGGACCAAGACAUACGCCACCGAAAGACAUGUGCUGAUGCAAAAACAGAUGGUCAGAAAAGUGGGAUCUAGGGCCAGUAUUGAAGUUGGUGAUGAACAUCAUGAAGAUGGAGAGGAGGAGGAGGCAGAGGAAGACAUUGAUGAUGGGAAUAAAAAUGAUCACAGUGACCUUGAAAUUAAAGAUCAAGUUGUUAGUGACUAUGAUCAAGAAGAAUAUGAAGCUGAUAAGGGCAAUCAUGAUACAGAUGACCUUGAUGUUAAAGAUCAAGAGGUUGGAAAUGGAGAAGACAUUGACGAUGAGGACAGUUCAGCAGGGGCCAAGACAUACACCACCAAAAUAAAUGUGCGGAUCCAAAAACAGACGGUUAGAAAAGUGGGAUCUAAGGCCCAUCUAAGAGCUGGAGAGGUACUUCCUAAGGAUAUGGAUAAAGACCAACAAGAUGGGGAUGUUGAAGAACUUGACCAUGAACAAACGAUGGAUGGUGAGGUAAUCAAUGUUGAUGGCCGCGAGGAGGAGGGGAAAGAAAAGAGGAUGGAGAAAGAGGAGGUUCAUCACUUAGAAGUAGAUGAAGAGGAGGGUGAUACCCAUGACUUUGACGUCAAAGAUCAAGAUGUUGAAGAUGGAGAAGACAUUGACAAUGAAGACAGUUCAGUUGGAGCCAAGACAUACACCACAAAAAUAAAUGUGCCGAUCCAAAACCAGUUGUUUCGAGAAGUGGGAUCUAAUGCCAGUAUUGAACUUGGUGAUGAAGAUCAUGAAGAUUAUGUAAAAGAUGAGGAAGAGGAAGAAAAAGAUGAGUUGAAACAGUCAAUUGAUGCAUAUGAAUAUAUUGAUGUCAGUGGAGCUGAAAAGCUUGAUGUUCUUGAUGUAGUGGCUGACAUUGAAGAAAUGGCCCAACUUCCUGAUACUGAUGGAGAAUACUCUGAAAUCAUUGAUGAUGAUGAUGAUGAUGAUGAUGAAAAUAACAACAACAGUGAGAGCAAGAAAGCUGGUGUCAAAAGGAAGAUAAAUGUUCCAAUUCCCUUUAAGAUGUUUAAAAGACUGGGAUCGAAGGCCCACCUUAAAGAGGAUGGGGAGCCCGAGGAUAAAGAUGACCAAGAAAAAGACAUUCAGCGGGCCAGAGUUCUCAGACAAUCCAAGGAGAGGCAAGCAAGAGAAGAAGUAGUAGAAGAGGUAGAAGUGGUCCUUAAAGCGAUGAGGGAUGCACAAUCCAUGAAAGAGGUAGAAAAUAAGAAAUUGGAGGACAAGACGGAAAAGAAAGAGGAGCAGGCCGAGGAGAAAGCAAAGCCUGAGGCAAUGCCCAGUGUGAAGAAAGCAGAGAAGACAGGACCCAAAGAAGAAGAGCCAAAAAAGAAGACUGCCAGAGAGGAGAAAGAGAUGAAAAAGGAGACUAAACAUUUGAAGAAGAAAGUCAUCCAUGACUUCUUCAACAAGAAAGUUGUGGUGGAACCCAAAAAGAAGGUGGACAAAAAGGUGAAGGAGACAAAGAAGGAUGUUCAGUCAACUCUUUGGAAAUCUGACGAUGAUUCCAAAAACCCUGUCAAGGUGGUGAAGACAGAAGAGUCCACCAUGAAAAAAGAACAUAUUGAUGUUAAUAAAGAAGGCAAAAAGAAACCUGUCAAAGAGGUUAAGGAAGAAAAGACAGCUAAACUACCAGACAUAAAAGUAAAGGUAAAAAAAACAGAACUUGAGGUUCUAAAGGAGGAGGCUAAGCUGGUGAAUGUUAAGAAAGAGCCCAAGGAAGCUAAGGAGCAAGCCAAACCAGAACGUACAAAAACAGAAGCUGAAGUUCCCAAAGAAAAAACCAAAGCAGCAACAUCAAAGAAAGAUACUGGAGCAAAAGAAGAGGCCAAACUAACUCCAGCAAAGAAAGAUGCUGUAGUUAUUAAAGAAAAGGUGAAAACAGCCCCUGCAAAGAAAGAGCCCAAGGAAACUAAGGGACAAGCCAAACCAGAACCUGCAAAAAAAGAUGCUGAAACAAAAGAAAAGGGCAAACUAGCUCCAGAAAAGAAAGCAAAACCAACUCCUGCAAAUGAAGAUGUUGCAGUUAUUAAAGAAAAGGUGAAAUCAGCACCUGCAAAGAAAGAAUCUGCCAAAGCAGCUUCCUCAAAGAAAGAGUCCAAGGAAACUAAGGAACAAGCCAAACCAGAGCCUUCAAAAGAAGAUGCUGAAGCAAAAGAAAAGGCCAAAUUAACUCCAGAAAAUAAAGAAGCUGAAGUUUCCAAAGAAAAAGCCAAAGUAACUCCUUCAAAUGAAGAUGCUGCAGUUAUUAAAGAAAAGGUCAAAUCAGCCCCUGCAAAGAAAGAUGCUGCAGUUAUUAAAGAAAAGGUGAAAUCAGCCCCUGCAAAGAAAGAAGCUGAAAUUCACAAUGAAAACGCCAAAGCAGCUUCAUCAAAGAAAGAGUCCAAGGAAACUAAGGAACAAGCCAAACAAGAGCCUUCAAAAGAAGAUGCUGAAGCAAAAGAAAAGGCCAAAUUAACUCCAGAAAAUAAAGAAGCUGAAGUUUCCAAAGAAAAAGCCAAAGUAACUCCUUCAAAUGAAGAUGCUGCAGUUAUUAAAGAAAAGGUCAAAUCAGCCCCUGCAAAGAAAGAUGCUGCAGUUAUUAAAGAAAAGGUGAAAUCAGCCCCUGCAAAGAAAGAAGCUGAAAUUCACAAUGAAAACGCCAAAGCAGCUUCAUCAAAGAAAGAGUCCAAGGAAACUAAGGAACAAGCCAAACCAGAGCCUUCAAAAGAAGAUGCUGAAGCAAAAGAAAAGGCCAAAUUAACUCCAGAAAAUAAAGAAGCUGAAGUUUCCAAAGAAAAAGCCAAAGUAACUCCUUCAAAUGAAGAUGCUGCAGUUAUUAAAGAAAAGGUCAAAUCAGCCCCUGCAAAGAAAGAUGCUGCAGUUAUUAAAGAAAAGGUGAAAUCAGCCCCUGCAAAGAAAGAAGCUGAAAUUCACAAUGAAAACGCCAAAGCAGCUUCAUCAAAGAAAGAGUCCAAGGAAACUAAGGAACAAGCCAAACAAGAGCCUUCAAAAGAAGAUGCUGAAGCAAAAGAAAAGGCCAAAUUAACUCCAGAAAAUAAAGAAGCUGAAGUUUCCAAAGAAAAAGCCAAAGUAACUCCUUCAAAUGAAGAUGCUGCAGUUAUUAAAGAAAAGGUCAAAUCAGCCCCUGCAAAGAAAGAUGCUGCAGUUAUUAAAGAAAAGGUGAAAUCAGCCCCUGCAAAGAAAGAAGCUGAAAUUCACAAUGAAAACGCCAAAGCAGCUUCAUCAAAGAAAGAGUCCAAGGAAACUAAGGAACAAGCCAAACAAGAGCCUUCAAAAGAAGAUGCUGAAGCAAAAGAAAAGGCCAAAUUAACUCCAGAAAAGAAAGAAGCUGAAGUUUCCAAAGAAAAAGCCAAAGUAACUCCUUCAAAUGAAGAUGCUGCAGUUAUUAAAGAAAAGGUCAAAUCAGCCCCUGCAAAGAAAGAUGCUGCAGUUAUUAAAGAAAAGGUGAAAUCAGCCCCUGCAAAGAAAGAAGCUGAAAUUCACAAUGAAAACGCCAAAGCAGCUUCAUCAAAGAAAGAGUCCAAGGAAACUAAGGAACAAGCCAAACCAGAGCCUUCAAAAGAAGAUGCUGAAGCAAAAGAAAAGGCCAAAUUAACUCCAGAAAAGAAAGAUGCUGAUGUUGUUAAAGAAAAGACGAGACCAGUUCCUGCAAAGAAAGUGAAAACUGUAAAAGACAAGGCAAAACCAGCACUAGCUGAGGAAGAGGCUGAAGUUGGCAAAGAAAAGUCCAAACCAACACCUUCAAAGAAAGUUCCUAUAGAAGAGAAUUUCAAGUCAACACCAGUAAAGAAAGAACUUGUUGCACCACUGGGGAAAGCACGACCAAACAUUGGAAUCAAAGAACCUGAAGUCAUUCGCAGAAAUCACAGUCACAUAAAUGCUUCUCUUACAAAGGAGAGAGUUAAAGUUGUACUUGUAAAUAAAGAACCUGCUCUGAAAGAAAAGGCCGUGCCAGCCCCUGCAAAGAAAGAACGUGAGGCUCCCAACCAGAAGGCCAAACCAGUAUCUCAAAAGAAAGGUACUGAUUCAAUUCAAGAACCUGAGGGUGUGAAAGAGAUAGACAAGCCAGACCCUCUUAAGAAAGAACCUGCUCUGAAAGAAAAGGCCAUGCCAGCCCCUGCAAAGAAAGAACGUGAGGCUUCCAACCAGAAGGCCAAACCAGUAUCUCAAAAGAAAGUGCCUGAGGCUCCCAAAGAAAAGGCCAAGCCAGCAGCUCCUACAAAAAAACCUGAGGGUGUGAAAGAGAUGGACAAACCAGACCCUCUUAAGAAAGAACCUGAAGCUACAAAAAAGAAGGCUAAGCCAGCAACUGUAACGAAAGAAAAGUCUGCUGAGAAGAAGCCUGCCAAAGAAGAGAAAGCAAAGGAGCCUGUUAUAACAGACUCCUUCGCCACAGAAGAUGAGAUGCCCUACUUCCAGUGCUUUUUUGUGGAUGAAGAUGAGGCCCAGUAUCCCUUCUACCCUUUCUCACCUCUCCAGAUGUGAGAGCCCUGCCCAGUGAAGAGCACAGUAUAGAAAGCAAUGGGACGAGAUGGGCGACACCUUUAGUGUGGAGUUAAUAAUAAAACCAAGCCAUGGAAUCCACUACUGCUAUGUUGCAGCCUAGCGUCCUGAGCUGGUCUUCAACAGAAACCUAGGACAGCAAAGCACUUUGAGUGAAUUCGUUGAGCUCUCAUGGGUAGCCAACAUCAUUCCUGUCCAAAUGUGUUUGUUAUAUUUUGUUUUUGAUAGCUGAUAUGGCAUGAGUUGAUCUAUAUCAUGACAUAAGUUUUUUGAAUGAAACAAUGCAUACUGUGUUUACAUCUGCAGAUUAGCCUUUUUUAGGGCCAUGCUAAUUUGCUUGAUUCAAUUCCUGCUUUGAUAGUUGUCAGUUGUCUCAAUUGAAUGGUAUAUUUAAACAAAUUGGAACACAGAUUGUACCGUUGGCUUUCAUACUUUUCAAAUUCUCAGCGCAGUGCAAGCAAUUUAUCUGUCUGUCAUCACAUUCAGUUGAAUUGGAGUUGCAUAUGGAAGCCGAGCAGUGUUGGUCUAGAAUUUGGGGGAGGAGCUUAGUUGGGCUGGACUACAGACUGCUGCUCUGUUGCUGUGGACUCUGAAUUACGCUUUAUUUACAUGAACAUGGGCUCUAUAUCAUUGCUCUCAUACUAAGACAUCAGUGGGUCGUUCCAUCUAAAAAAUUCACAAGAAAGAGGCUUUCGACACCCACCUUCUCAGAUUGUACUGAAAUUGUUUCUGUUAGUAUUAGUAUAUAUUAGUAUUCCUGCAACAAUAUUUUGUUGAAAUAUAAUUUGAUCUUUGAGAAAUUAAGCUAAUUGAUUCCACCCAAAUUGGGCAUUACGUUCAAUAAAUGUAGACCCUAACCUCCAGGAUUGCUUUUCUUAAGGAAUUCCUCCCCCACUUCAUGUUAAAGGGACAGUUCACCUAAAUUACAUAAUUACAUUUGGUUUCCUUACCUGUUAGCAGUCUUUGAAGAAAAAAAUUAAACAGCCCAUGUGUUGGUUUUGUUGUCCACUGACACAACUCCAAUGCAAGUCAAUGGUACCUGUAUUAGCAUUUUCAUGCUUCAUGUCCAAAUCAUUCUGAAGUAUUUAAAGCUGUUAAGUUACUGACAGAUGAUUUAGAUAUGAAGCUUGGAAAUGCUUAUAUAGGUACCAUUGACUUGCAUUGGAUUUGUGCCACAAAUGGUUAAAAGUUAGCAUUUCAAACACCGGCCAGAUUAACAAAACCAAAACAUGGGAUGCUGUCAUAACUUGUCCCUAAACUGCUUACAGGGUAAGGAAACAAUAUGUCAUUUGGGUGAACAAUCCCUUUAACACUGAGGGGCAUUCUGAAAAAAAAACUACAAGUAGGAACAGCACCAUCUAGUGGUCAGAACAUUGUAAUAUCAAGAUGUAGGAUGGGGCAUUAACCUAACUUAAAUUAUUAAUUUCUCUGAACAGGAAGAAAAAAACAUCACCAAAUUCACUGAGAAUACAUUACAUAGGAUGAAGAAAUAACACUCUGAGUCGAGGUCCAUACUAUUCGUCAAACAUAGAGAACUAAUACUGUAUUCUCUUUAUUUAGGGUGGGAUUGGCGUGGGGUGUGUGGUGUCCGUGGGUGGCUUUUGAUAGUUUCUUUCGAUUCCUCAUGUCUUACUCCUUGUUAGAAAAAGGUUUGGUCCAAAUCUGACGUUAGGUACUAUUUUUAUUGAAUAUUAUAUGAUUCAUAUAAAAUUCAAUAAUUAUACUACCUAACAUCGGAUUUGGACAAAAUGUUUUCCUAACAAGGAGUGAGACAUGAGGAAUCGAUCAAUUUAAAAUGGGCAAUUUGUGUGCAAUCAAUUAGCGUAAAUACUCAGAGAUUAAAUUAUAUUUCAACAAAAUAAUAUUGCAGAAAUGCUAAUCUUAUCUGUUUCUAACUACAGAAAUGAAAUUAUUUCAGACCAAUCUGCGAUGGUGGGUGUCAUGGCUUGCUGAAAUGACACAACAACCUCAGUGGAUUUUUACCUUACUUUGUGAGACGUUUUUGUUUUUAAUGUUGUAUUUCUUGCCCUUCUGUUCACAAUGGUAACUCACAAUGAGAUAGUACUUCCAUUGUAGCUGAAUAUGUUUCCUCAUUGAUUUUCAGGCUACAUUGCUUUCUUCCAUUUUCUUCUAUUCCUCUUCAUCAGUCUCCAUUUGUUAACUUUGAGGAAGCAUAAAGCUUUUCAUCAAUUCAUAGGGACCUCAUACUCACAUUAAAAAAAAUUAUGUUGGCG